AUGUCUAUAAAAGCAAUAUUUUGCGAUGCUAGCCAGUCUGAAAAGACCCGUUUCUUCUUCUUCUUCUUCUUCUUCUUCUUAUUAUUAUUAUUAUUAUUAUUAUUCAUUGUGACGUUGCCAAAGUGUGACUUGGGAACCAGGGCAUGCAGUUCAUUAUACAGGAUAAUCGCCAAGGUGGAGAGGGAAAGAGAGAACCUCCCUCUGCACCCCAAAGCUUUUUGUGUUUCUCCUGAUAAUUUCUUUCUUACUCUUCUUUCUUCUUUUUACUUACUCCUUUCCAUUCCUUUCUUCUUCUUCUUCUUCUUCUUCUUCUUCUUCUUCUUCUUCUUCUUCUUCUUCUUUUCUUCGUUUUUAAGCUUUUCUGUUCAACAUCUACCUUCUUUUUCUUUUCUUCUACAUUCAUUCAUUUUCUCUCUUCUUUUUUUCGCUUUUCGUAUAUCUUCCGCCCCUAUUUCUUUUUCAAUUGUCCACCUUCUUAUUUUUUUCUCUUAUUUCAUCUUCUUCUACCUCAUCUUUUUACCCACUCUUCUCUUCUUGAAGUUGUUUGUUUUAUUUAUCAACCUUCUUCUUCUUUUUCUUCUUCUUCUUCUUCUUCUUCUUCUUGUUUCUAAGUUAAUUUUAUCCACCUUAUUCUCUAUUUUCUUCAUCCUCGUGCACAUUUCUCCUACUUCAACCAUCUUCUUCUUCUUCUUUCUCUUCCUCCUCCUCCUCCUCCUAUUUCUUCCUGUUUUUAAGUUAAUUUUAUCCGUCUUAUACUUUAUUUUCUUCAUCAUCAUUCACAUUCCUCCUACUACAACCAUCACCAUCUUCUUCUUCUUCUUCUUCUUUUUCUUCUUCUUCUUCUUCUUCUUCCUUCCUUCCUUCCUUCCUUCCUUCUGUACUCUUAAUUCAUCUUCAUUCUUUUAUACGUCUUUGCAAUCUCUAAUACAGCUAACAUCAGACCGUUUUACUAAUUCUGAAAUACUUAUCUAUUUCCUUUUUUUUUUCUUUUUCUUCUUUGUCUCGGUCUCUUUUUUUUCCCUUUUUUUUUCUUUUUCCUCUAUUUUUGCUUCUCUUCAGACUUCAUUGUUUUUCCUCCAUUUUUUUCUUUUUUACUCUUUACUUAUAUUUUCUCUUUUCAUUUAUUCACCUCUGCCUGUUUAUUCACAUUCUUUUCUUUCCCUUUCUUCCUCUCUAUCCCCGCUGCGUCUGGGAAACAAUAAUAAUAAUAAUAAUAAUAUUAAUAAUAAUAAUAAUAAUAGCACAAGAAGAAGAAGGUGGUUGAAGUGGGAGGAAUGUGCGUGA